AUGCCAAAUUUACCCUGUCUCAAAAACUUCCUUUGGGACUCUAAGAUCAAUAAGGCCAAUGUAUGUGGGAUUGUUCUUGUUGGUGGCUCCACCUGUAUCCCACAUGUCAGAAAUUUGAUUCCCCAGCUAGUGCAUCCAACCUUUUUCAGUUGUACUACCAAACAAGAAGAUGGGAAAGGUGGGAAAAGUGGAGUACUUCUGGUUGAUAAGUGA